AUGAUGAGAUGGGGACGAAAGAAACCUGUUUCUUCUUCUUGGUUUUCAAAGUUGAGUGGUUCUUCUGACUUGAAACCUGUAAAAGAGAAGAAGCAAGAUGAUGAAGCUACCCAGAGCAUGUCUACUAAACGUCGAAGUGAUAUUCAUGAGAGCAACAAAAGGUUUCAGAGAGUAUCAAUAGAAAAAGAGAGCACUGCAACAAGGUCAGAAGAUAUGGAGUCAAAUGAGAAGUUUGAAGAGAUAAUGAGAAGUGCGAGGAAGAAAGCAAGAGAUUUCGAAAGAGAGAAGUGUGGCUUUCUGGAAGUAAAGGCAAUGGACAGAGACAAAGGAACUGUGAUCAUGACGCCAAGAAUUCAGCUGAAGAGAGAGAAGCAGAGAUAUGAGAGACGUGACCAAAGGCUUCUCGAACAAAAGCCAAAGAGAUCAGAACAAGACGCAGAGGUGAAGACCAAAAUACCUUGGAGAAGGACAUUUACAGGGAGUUACAGCAGAAAAGAUUCUGUGAUUCUUGGUCAGACCGAAUCAAAACCGGCUCAUCAGUGGCAAAAGCUCAAGGAUACAAAACUAAGAGAAGUGAAGCUGAAGGCUGACCAACAGAGGAAAUCUAUGUACCUAAGAAGGGAGCUAAACAGAUUAGGAACAAAAGAAAACAAUAAGGUCAGAGUUUUUUCACCAAGAGCAUCUGAAAAAUGCAGAGUUAAAGCUAUUGAAGACUUGAAGAAGGCUAAACUGAGAGCACGGGAACACAAACACGAGCUUGUGAAGGAAGCAGCAGAUGGAGGAAUGGAGAACGAAAGCUUUGCAGUGGUGAAAUGCUCCAGCAAUCCUCAGAGGGAUUUUAGAGAUUCAAUGAUUGAGAUGAUCAUGGAGAAUGGUAUCCACCACCCUGAAGAGCUCAAAGAGCUUCUGGUUUGCUAUCUAAGACUCAAUAGCGAUGAAUAUCAUAACAUGAUCAUCGAUGUGUUUCAGCAGGUGCAUAGUGAUUUAAGUUUUCAUUAGUUUAAUGUAGAAUACUUAUAAUAAUAUACUAAUAAGUGCAUGAUUAACCA